AUGGCUGCCAACCGGUUACAAGCUGAAGCAAGAAGAAUGAGUGCAAGCGUGCAACAAACGCGGUCGGCCUCGUUCUCGGGACCGACCAAGAUCAAGGUCAAGAACCCUGUCGUCGAGCUCGAUGGCGACGAGAUGACCAGAAUAAUAUGGCAGGAUAUCAAGGACAAGUUCAUCCAUCCUUACCUUGAUAUUGACCUGAAGUACUAUGAUCUCGGUCUGCCAUACCGUGAUGAGACAGACGACCGGGUUACCGUCGAUGCGGCAGAGGCGAUCAAGAAGUACUCGGUCGGUGUCAAGUGCGCCACCAUCACUCCAGACGAAGCCAGAGUCAAGGAAUUCAAUCUCAAGAAGAUGUGGCUGUCGCCUAACGGUACCAUCCGUAACAUCCUGGGCGGCACUGUCUUCCGUGAGCCCAUUGUUAUUCCACGAAUCCCUCGUUUAGUUCCAGGAUGGGAGAAAUCCAUCAUCAUUGGACGCCACGCCUUCGGCGAUCAGUACCGGGCGAAGGACGAUGUGAUUAGAGAAGCAGGCACACUAGAAAUGGUCUUCACACCCAAGAAUGGAGGAAAACCGAGAGCCAUCAAGGUAUAUGACUUCCCAGAGAGUGGUGGCGUUGCGCAGACUCAAUACAACACCGAUGAGAGUAUUCGGGGCUUUGCGCAUGCCUCAUUCAAGUUUGCACUUGAGAAAGGUUGGCCACUGUACAUGAGCACCAAGAACACGAUCCUGAAGGCCUACGAUGGACGCUUCAAAGACAUUUUUGAGGAGAUCUACGAAAAGGACUACCAGAAGGAUUUCGAAGCCAAGAAGAUCUGGUACGAACAUCGUCUGAUUGACGACAUGGUCGCACAGAUGAUCAAAUCAGCUGGCGGAUUCGUCAUUGCAAUGAAAAACUACGAUGGUGACGUCCAGUCUGAUAUCGUCGCUCAGGGCUUUGGCUCUCUGGGUCUUAUGACUUCCCAGCUCAUCACUCCAGAUGGCCUCACAUAUGAGUCGGAAGCCGCACAUGGGACGGUCACGAGGCAUUACCGUGAGCAUCAGAAAGGCCGCGAGACUUCCACGAAUCCCAUUGCAAGCAUCUUCGCAUGGACCCGGGGCCUUGUCAAACGUGGCUCGCUUGAUGACACUCCCGAACUUGUCACCUGGGCAGAGUCUCUCGAGAAAGCUGUCGUCGACACAGUCAACGAAGAUGGCAUUAUGACCAAAGACCUUGCGCUCGCAUGUGGCAAGAAGGAACGUGAAGCCUGGGUCACAACCAGCCAGUUCAUGGAAGCUAUCGAGAAGAGAUUCAAGAAAGACCUCGCCGCAUAG